GGGUAUAUGAAAAAUGAUAAGGUAAGAAAAUGGGGCACUCAAAAAUUCCCUAUGCGGCGGCAUUAUUAGCAGUCAUAGUUGUAGUAGCAUCGGCGGCGGCGGAGGAUCCGGAGUGCAACUAUACAAAUUCGACUAAUGACGACUUCGUCAACGCCCACAACGCCUUCCGCGGGGGCGUGGGGAACCUAAAAUGGAAUGAGACAGUGGCGCGCUUCGCCAGCAGCUACGCUCUCGAAAGGUCCAAGGACUGUGCCCUUGAGCACUCCGGAAACCCGCUUUAUGGCGAAAACAUAGCUUCGGGCGGUGGCUGCCUCAUGAGCGGGAGGGAUGCGGUGAUUAUGUGGGCGGGUGAGCGGGAUUACUACGACCAUGGGUCCAACUCUUGCGUGGGCGGGCAGGAGUGCCAGCAUUACACUCAGGUGGUUUGGAAGAAGACGACGGAUUUGGGAUGCGCUAGGGUUGUGUGCGGCAACGGGCGCGCCACCUUCAUCACUUGCAACUACUAUCCUCCGGGCAAUGUCGAAGGCGAGAGGCCUUACUAAUAUAUACACACAAAAUUACAGAUCGAUCGGAGCUAGUAUACCAACCGGCCCCUAGCUCCGAUCUCAUCCUGUGCUGGGGCGUUGAAUAAAAAUACAUGCCACCUGAUGAAUUAUACUUUUUUUUUAAAACUCAAGAAACCAUCUAGAUUGAUGGGAUAAAUGUCGAGGAAUAUUUACCGACCUA